GGGAUUGAAGUAUAUAAGGCCAUCCAAAAUACUCAGGAUGGUAGUCAAGUGCCUCCGGGCUUAAGAGUCUUCAUCCAAGCGGAACUUUCAUCAACUUAAAGGACAGAAAAUUGCCAUUCAAAAUGAGGAAAGGAUUCGUUUUCCUGUGCCUGGUGUUAACAAUUGCAUUCAGUAGAGCAGAAGAAGUAAGUGAGAGUACAUCCGAGAGUACAUCUGAGAGUACACCUGAGAGUUCAUCUGCAAGUUCAGUCUCAGAUAGCAGUUCAAGUGAAUCCACAGAAAGUACCUCACCUAGUUCAACUACUUCAGGUCAGUCUGAACCAGACGAUUACCAGGAUCAAUGUUUGGAUCUUGGUGCAUAUGUUCGUUUCAAAUACGACAGCGACUGUAAAAAAUACGUUGAGUGUUUACCCCAAGGAAAGUGGAAUGUAACUACUUGUCCUCUUGGUUUGGCUUACGAUCCAGACACAGAAAGUUGCACCUGGACGAGCGAUGUGGACGGUUGUAGCGGAGCUGGUGAAUCAGAUACUGAAAGCAAUCCUACAAAUGAUUGCGAUCCACCAAAUGGCCAAUGCGACAGCGGAUCAGAAGAUUGGGAUCGUAUGCGUCAGGAAUGUGUUCCGAAAGGUACAGUUGUUUGUGAAAAAGAUGAAUCUAUGCCAAAAUGUUCUCUUGAUAAAGCGUACAAAGAAAAAUUCAUAGCCGAUAAAGCAGAUUGUGCCAGCUAUUAUUACUGUUCCGACGACGACAAACGUUAUAAAGGCUCUUGCACUGAAGGAUAUUACUUUGAUCCUGCAAGACAAAUGUGUGUAUACAAGAGCUCGCUGGCCCAAUGCAAGCCAAUCAAAACAUCAUCGUCGUCCACAUCAACCCCUACAGCAAUCGACUGGGACACCGUGUGCAAUGGAGUUAAAAGCAAGUUUAUCCCGGAUCCUAGGUUAUGCAAUGCCUACAUUUAUUGCAAUGGUGAUGGGACUCCACGCCAAGACUUUUGCCCCACAGGAACGUACUUCAACAACGGAAGCUGCACUAAGACCAAACCCAGCUCAUGCACUUGCGAAAGCUUCUUGACAAGUGAUGCGGCGAAAAAAUAUGAAGAAUAUGCUCCUGAUACUGACAAGAGCAAAUACUACCUCUGCAAAAAUGGUGACCGUAUAUUAGAGGAUUGUGGUGCAAAUUCACACUACGACCUGACUUCCAAGAGCUGUACAGCUUAAAAAUUCCAUGCAAAAUUUUUCGAAAGAAAGUUAUUAAAUAAAUAAAAUUUGCA